AUGUUGCAUAAAUUAUUACGUGGCUCUAAUGGAAUAAUAUAUGCAGAUGAUGAAACCAAUAAUGAAGUAUUACGAGAUUAUGAACGUUUAGAAAUUGUUGGUGAAGGUACUUAUGGUGUAGUUUAUCGUUGCCGUUGUAAACAUACUGGUAAAACAUUUGCAAUUAAGUACUUCCGUAAUAAUACUGAGGAAAUUACUACAACAACAUUAAGAGAAAUAUCUAUUUUACGAGAGUUAAAUCAUCCUAAUAUUGUAAAUUUAUUGGAUAUAUUUAUUGCUAAAAAUAGUAUUCAUAUAAUAUUUGAAUAUAUUUCAUAUGACUUAAAACGUUUUAUUAGGAUGUUUCCACAAAAAAUCUUACCUUACAGUCUAGCUAAAUAUAUAAUUUAUGAGAUAUUAAAAGGGGUUUGUUAUCUACAUUCUGGAAGAAUUGUCCAUAGAGAUUUAAAACCUCAAAAUAUACUUGUUACAGAUAAUAAGUAUUAUCCAAAAGUAAAAAUAGCAGAUUUUGGUCUAGCAAGACUCUAUUCUUUCCCAUUAAAAACUCUUACUAGAGAAGUUGUUACGUUAUGGUAUCGUGCACCAGAAUUAUUAUUAGGAAUGAAACAUUAUACAAAUGCGGUUGAUAUUUGGAGUAUAGGCUGCAUAUUUCUUGAAUUAAUUAUUGGUAGACCAAUAUUUUGGGGUGAUUCUGAGAUAGCAACAUUAUAUAAAAUAUUUCAGUUACUUGGCACACCUAAUAAAGAUGUAUGGAAUGAAGUUAAUACACUUCCUGACUUUAGUAAUGAAUGGCCUCAUUGGAAAAUUAAUGAUUAUUGGAUAGAUAACUUAUUAAUAAAAAGUGGCAAGAAUGAAGAUUUAUUUAAAGAUAAUCAUGCAAAAUGUCUUAUUAAAAGAAUGUUAUUAUACGAUCCAAAUAAAAGAAUUUCAGCUUUGGAAGCUUUGGAAAAUCCAUGGUUUGAUGAAUUUAAAAUUUAA